AAAAUAGAAUAAAAUGAAAUUAAUUUUACUGUGGGAGUGAAAGAAGAAAGCAUGGAAGCCGUGCAGCUGGUGGCAUUGCGGCUGCGCGCAGUUCCGGUGGCGGCAUACCUCUUUCGAAACGCCGUCGUAAUGGGCGGCGUCUUCCGCAGCAGCAACAGCACCACCAGCACGAGCAUGAGCGGAAUGGCAGGGAAGAGGAUGAGCUCUGGUUCGGGAUGGUUGAUGGGCGGAGCAUUGAAGUUACCGAAAAUUGUGAAAGCCGGAGAGCCGGUUCUGCACGAGCGAGCCAAAGAAGUUGAUCCGUCGGAGAUGAAAUCGGAGAGAGUGCAGAAGAUCAUCGACGACAUGAUCCGCGUCAUGCGAAAGGCACCUGGAGUUGGCCUCGCCGCUCCACAGAUUGGAAUUCCCCUAAGGAUAAUUGUUUUGGAAGAUAAAGAGGAGUAUAUGGGUUAUGACGAUGAGGAAUCCCUCAAAGAACAAGAUAGAAGACCUUUUCAUCUUUUGGUGAUAUUGAAUCCUAAGCUCAAGAAGAAGACCAACAGGACUGCACUCUUUUUUGAAGGAUGUUUGAGUGUUGCUGGGUACGCUGUGGUAGAGCGAUACCUUGAUGUUGAGGUUGAAGGUUUUGAUCGUUACGGGGAACCCGUAAAAAUAAAUGCUACUGGUUGGCAGGCUCGGAUUUUACAGCAUGAGUGUGAUCACUUGGAUGGAACACUGUAUGUUGAUAAGAUGGUACCUAGAACAUUCAGAGCUCCAGAAAACAGUUCUAAGCCUCUUGCCCGUGGGUGCCCAAAACUUGGUCCUCGCUGACCCAGUUGCGUGUUAGAGCUUGAAGUUGAAUGAUCAACACAAAUUUCUUGUGCAUGUCAGUCAAAAAAAGUUGUCACUUAUAGAUCUUAGCAUGUAGUCCAGAUGCGCACUAAGUUAGAAAUAUUUAGAGUUUGGGAGUAACUAAGUUUCACUCACUUUUCAGUGUUAUCAUGUUGCAAUAAUUAUAAUUGAAUUCUGCCUUUCUGUUUGAUCAGUUCA